CCUCUAUUAACUUCGGUCGUGCUGUGUAACGAUGUCGACCAGUCGACGCCCGGUGGUGACGGAAGGCGCGGUCAGGGAUAUCCUCCAGACCCACUACCUGCUGGAGGUGAAGGGCGUGCGUCAACUGGACUCGUUUAUGGACAGGAACUACAAGGUGACAUCUGCUGAUGGACGCGAGUUCGUUCUGAAAAUAGUCAACCCUGACGAGUCGGACAAUGACCAGCGGGUACAAGCACAGCUAGGUGUAGUGAACCAUUUGCGGGGACAUGGCUUCACUUGCCCAGCAUCGGUCGUCAACAAAAAUGGAUUACAUACUUGGAAGUCAACCUUCCCCAUCGGACAGGCAGAUGGUCCAGAAGAAUCGUGCGUGGUCCGCCUGAUGACGUUUCUUCCCGGAGAACCACUUGGCCGGUGCCACCAUCUGUUCUGCGGGGAGAUGUACAAGUGUUUGGGGGGUUUCCUGGCGCAACUACAUGCAGCACUGCAGGACCACCCUGAGUCCGGCCUCACGCUGGACGGUCACAAUGAGUGGAUGGCGGAGAAUGCUGGUCGUCUGCUUCAGUUUAUAUCGUCCCUGGAGGAAGAGAAAAUGUCCCGAGACAUCUGUUCAGUGAUAAAGAAUGUUGAAUCUUCGCUGAAGGAGAGAGGGCAUGCCAUGGAGCGAGGUGUGAUCCACGGAGAUUUCAAUGACUACAACAUCAUACUCCAUCCAGUCACAACGGAUUUCAAAGCAUCUUGUGUAGAUUCAAAGAAAACAUUUGGAAUAAUCGAUUUCAAUGAUAUAUGUUAUACUUACCGAGUAUUCGAGAUAGGUCGGCUAAUAGCUGAUGCUAUGACAAACUGUUGCUGCUCCGACCAGGAAGCCCUACAAAUCGGGGGUCAUGUUCUGGCUGGUUAUCUGUCUGUCAGGCAGCUGUCCACUGAGGAUGUGACAAUGAUAUAUGACGCAGUCUGCAUCUCUUUCUGCCAGUAUUAUGUUCUUGGCAUACACGCGAUGUCCCAACAGACGGACAACCCCCACUGCUGCUUGGGAACUGCCGAGGCAAGACAAUGGCUAGAGAGAGUGCUUGCAUUGUCCAGUCAAGCCUUGUGGGAAAUAUGGACCCCACUACUAUCGGAGUCUGGAAUCAGCAUGUAAAAGCAACUCUCAGGUGAAUAAAGAAAAGUCUUUGUUGAAAAGCUUACACCAAAUUG